ACGUCGCUCACAUGUCUCCCGUGGUUGUGCGCUAACAUAUUUCUCUAUUUAUUGACAUAUUUAUUAAUUUAUUUGAUGACAAUGAUUGUUUCCACGAAUGAGGGUAACCCGAACGCGCUGAAGUUGGUUAUUGCAACUAAAUUAGCGCAGGAAACCGUCUCCGUUAGGAUUCUGAAGCCUAGUGAUGCUACCCUGGGCCGUUUGCCGACGCUGACUAUAUCCACAGGAUUAUCUCUAUUCAGUGUCUCGUCAGCAUUGCGCUUCCUGUUAUCUGUACCUAAAGAAUUAGAGGUUCUCAAUGACAGAUGGUUGGAAUGGGAAAUUUCUCAAUUACAGCCAGCCAUAUUAAGUCAUGCGAGUGUUAAAACUUCUAAAACUCUACAGAAAUCCAAUUUAUGGUCUUUACUAAAAGAUCUCAAUAGUGAUCUGAGAGACAAACAGUACUUAAUUGAGAAAUGUAGUAAUUUAUCACCAGCAGAUAUUUCUAUUUGGGUAAGUCUUUGGAGCACCAUAUUGGUUACAGAUAUCAUAAAUGAUAUUGCUAAGGACUUACCAAAUGUCAAUAGUUGGUUAGCUAAUAUUCAAAAACAGCCAAUUAUUCAACAAUCAAUUAAGGAAUCUAUUGAAAUGUUCAAAUUAGAGAGAGGUCCAAAGGCUAUUGCAAGUAUUGAAUCUGCUUCUUGGUUUCCUAUCAAUACAGCCUCAAAUUCUCAAGUUCAUGAAUCAGUACCUAGUGAUAUUAGCCCAAUUAAAGAAAAAGAGAUGGAUAUCGUUAAUCAAGAAGAACUUCGUAAUAUGGCAAAGAGCUGGACCACUGAACAAUAUCUAGAAGUCAAGGAAAGUUCAUAUCCUAUACUGCCUAAAAAAGGUGAACGAAAUAUCUUGAUAACAUCAGCUCUUCCAUAUGUUAAUAAUGUCCCGCAUUUAGGAAAUAUUAUCGGCUGCGUUCUUUCAGCUGAUAUCUUUGCAAGGUAUUGCAGGCAAAGAAAUUACAAUACUCUUUACAUAUGUGGAACCGAUGAGUAUGGCACUGCGACUGAAGCAAAAGCUCUGCAAGAAAAAACGACUCCUCAAGCUAUUUGUAAUAAAUUCUUUGAUAUACACAAUGAUGUUUAUCGCUGGUUUGGCAUCGGAUUCGACUAUUUCGGCCGCACUAGUACACCUGAACAGACAGAAAUCGUUCAAGCGUUUUUCCUAAAAAUUAAAUCGCAAGGCUACGUGUUGACCGAGACUGUGGAACAAUUACAUUGCGAAUCUUGUGAUCGGUUUCUCGCUGAUAGAUUUGUGGAAGGCAUGUGUCCUGGAUGUAAGUACGAAGACGCACGCGGCGACCAAUGCGAUGGUUGUGGUCAUCUCGUCAACGCAGUCGAGUUAAUAAACCCUCGAUGUAAGAUCUGUAACACUAAACCUGUCGUGAAAAACUCAGUACAAUUCUUCUUGGAUUUACCCAAGUUAGAAGAAAAACUGAAGGAAUAUUCCACUACACAUGAUAAAGGAUGGUCCAACGUCGCGAGAGUAGUUUCAAAAGCAUGGUUACGCGAUGGUCUUCAGCCUCGUUGCAUAACCAGAGAUUUGAAGUGGGGAAUACCUGUCCCGGUAGAGGGUUUCGAAAAUAAAGUGUUUUACGUCUGGUUUGACGCUCCUUUCGGAUAUAUCAGUAUUACAAAGAGGUAUACUAAAGAAUAUAAGCAAUGGUGGCAACCUCCUUCUCAGGAUAUAAAAAUCGAUUUGUACCAAUUUAUGGCAAAGGAUAACAUUCCAUUCCACACGAUAAUGUUUCCCGCUUGUUUAUUAGCGGCUAAUCAAAAUUAUACGUUGAUGAAAUGUAUACUGGCAACUGAAUAUUUAAAUUAUGAGGAUAAGAAAUUCUCCAAGUCUAGAGGUAUCGGAGUAUUCGGAACCGAUGCCAGAGAUACCGGAAUUCCAGCUGAUGUAUGGCGAUUUUAUUUAGCUUACAUUAGACCCGAAACUCAAGAUUCCAAUUUUAAUUGGGUGGAUUUAGCCACGAAAAAUAAUAGCGAAUUACUAAAUAAUCUUGGCAAUUUUGUCAACAGAGCUCUAGCAUUCUCUGAAAAAUUCUUCGACUCUAAUAUACCACCGAUAGAGCCGGAAGAGACCGAUUGGACUGUAUUAGCAUUGGCACAACGUGAACUGUCGGCUUAUAUAAACGCCAUGGAGCAAGGCAAAUUAAAAGAUGGCUUAAAACGCAUAUUGGCGAUUUCGAAGCACGGCAAUCAAUAUAUGCAAUUCCAGCAACCAUGGGUGAAAAUCAAAGGAAAUGACGACGACAAGAAAAAAGCUGGAACUGUUGUUGCAAUUUGCUGUAAUUUAGCCUGUCUUCUUUCCGCUCUUCUGGCUCCCUUUAUGCCCAAUACAGCCAAACAAUUGAGAUCUCAACUAGGUUUGAGUAACAAAAAUUAUGGUUAUAUCCCCGAAACAAUAACAAACAUGUUACCUACUUGGCACAAAAUCGGCAAGCCCAGUCCGUUGUUCACUAAGAUCGAAGAUCAAAAAGUUGAAAUAUUACGCAAGAAAUAUGCUGGACAGCAAGAGACUAAUGGCGAUGGAACGAACAAAAGUUCCGAAAGUAUCGCAUUAUUAGAAGCCGCUAUCAUAAAGCAAGGCAACUUAGUAAGAGAAUUGAAAGCUAAAAACGAUAAGGGCGUUUGGCAACCGCAGGUAGAAAUUUUAUUAGAUUUAAAAAAAAAGCUAACCGAUCUCAAAAGUAAUGCGAAUGCGCCUGCGAAAAAAUCACCUGCGAAAAAUAAGAAGGCCGAACCGAUGCAUAUGCCCGAACAAAAUGGGGAUGCUCUAACAGACGUAGCGACAUUAGAGUCAGCGAUCGCGAAGCAGGGCAAUCUCGUACGAGAAUUGAAGGCCAAGGAAGAUGGAAGUGUAUGGAAGCCACAAGUGGAAAUAUUAUUGAAAUUGAAACAACGUUUGUCAGAUCUUACUGGAACAACACCAGUCAUUGUUGACAAGAAAUCUAAGAAAAAAAAAUAACUACAUUUCCUUUGUGAUAGGAUAAUGGAAAUUUUUUAUAUAUUACAUUAUUUAUAGGUAGUUCUUCGGCAUAUGCACAUUAAUACGUGCAGAGCACGACGUAAUAAUAUUUGACUAACGAUAAAAAAAUACAUGCGCUUCAUUUAAUAUUUUUAUUUUUAGUUUAUUUUACCUACUUGCGCGUUAUGUAUCAAAACUUAGAAAG